AGCAGAGUGAGGCCCUGUUCCCACCGCUGUGCAUAGCUGGUUCAGUAUGGGUUGACCCUGUGGUACAUUUUAACAGUUUGGAGGUUCAGGUGAGAGAAGGACCUGCACUCUCGUGUCCAUAUCCCCCAACCAGGGCCAGCCUAGAACCAUUUUGCCACUUGAGGCAACACAGAAAAUGCCGCCCCCACUGCUUUGAGGUGACUGGAGGCAGCCCAGGGAAGCCACAGUGGGCGGCAGGGUCAGCGAAGGAGGAAGAGGCAGGGAAGGAGGAGGCAGCGGUAGGCAAAAAGCACAGGAGGCAGCAAGCAGUGUGCUCCUCCACAGAAGGAGGGAGGUUGAUCUGGCACCCCUCCCAGCUUCUAGCAUUUGUGCAAUGUGAAAUUAAAUACACAGGUAUCAUUCUUCAAGUUUCUGGUGCGAAACAAACCUGGUCCCUCCUUGCAAUGCAUUGCUUUGCCGUCCCCCAGAAAACAAUUCUGUGGCUGCCCAUGCACAUGAUAAAGUUUUAUACCACAUGGUUGCUUGCUAAUCAAUAUUAAUGCAAACAUGGUGAGUACGUUUUCUGUCACAAGUUCCCUCACGUGACCAGUGUGGUAAGGGUUUGGUCAUACUACUAACUGAUAAGUUUGUUGCCUGUAAUUAAUAGUAAUCUGUGGAAUGUGUUAUUGCGUGAGGAAGGUAUUCCCCUCACCCAAACUACAGAGUUUCAUGGCUAGAGUGGCCUUUUAAGAAAUGGCUUGUCUUCCCUUUUUUCCACCAUGGUUUUCUGAUCUUCAGAGUUCACGUUCAAGUUUUGUUUGUGCAUUUUGAAACAUUCAAAUAUCUGAAGCUUUUAUGAGGUAUUUUAAAAUAUUAGAUGAAAUUUUAGUGUGCUUGAUGGUGUGUCUCUUAGUGAGAAACAAUAGACGUUUCUUUGAAGUACUUUCCUGUGUGCCUUGUGCGACAAGGCGGCUUGGGCCGAGCAUGUGUAUAAAUUGUCAAUCUUUACUUUAAAGUGUAAUGUGAUGUGAUAAUUACAUAGAUCACAAUCACAAUGUAGGUAACUAAAGCAUAAAACAAAAUAAAAAUGUUGACUUUACAUCUCAAAAUCAUUAGGGGAAUUUGCAGGCUUGUAUUCAACGGUUAAUAAUAACACUAGACAUGAGAACAGAACAACAAUCCACUUCCCUAAACAAGGAACCAGGAAGUAGUGCUAAAACAUUGAAGUAAUGAAUGGAGGGAUAGGUAGGACUAGCAUUUUCAUUGCACAGCAACAGAAAUAGUCACAAACUGGGUGUGGAGGAGCAGCAACCACAUAAUAGUUCAGUACCAGGCAAAAUUCUCUGUAUUAAAGGACUUUAGUACACAUUUAGAAAAUGGGCAGCUCCCUACAUGGCAAAUUGGUUGGCUAUAUUCAUUCACUGUGGAGUGUGAAAAAGCAUAUGCAGGGUAUUGGUGCAUUUUUAAUUUUCAUAUUUCUCUUGAGAAACUAUCCUUGUGGGCAUUCUUUCUUGCACAUUAGAUUUCUUGGAAAUGCUUUAAUAAGAUGGCUGAACAAAGGCAGCGUGCUUUAUCUACUUCGGGACAAGCACUCUACGAACUUCUGGGUCUUGAGAAGGGGGCAUCCCAUGAAGAAAUCAAGAAAUGUUACAGGUAUUUAUAAAACUUCCAGCAUAAUCUGAUAGUCAUUUCACCACCUUCCCCCCUCAACACACACAUAUUCACAUACAUUAUUAUCAACCAUCUUUAAUAUCACAAUGAAUUUCCAUAAAUAGCUUCCUUUCGAACCCUUUCAUGGACACAAAGUUUUCAAACUAUUCUGUCUGUAGUUUUGUGGAAUCUUGGGAUGUUCAGCUUUGGAGCCUGCACAUGCUUAAAAUAGUUUUUUUCUAUCUCUGAUGCAACUUCUACACUGUAAAAACAGCUGAGCAUUUUCCAGCCCCCACCCACAACAGAUAAUCACUGUAACCUCUACAGAGUUUGGAUUUGAUAUCCCACUUUAUCACUACCCGAAGGAGUCUCAAAGCGGCUAACAUUCUCCUUUCCCUUCCUCCCCCACAACAAACACUCUGUGAGGUGAGUGGGGCUGAGAAACUUCAAAGAAGUGUGACUAGCCCAAGGUCACCCAGCAGCUGCAUGUGGAGGAGCGAAGACGCAAACCCGGUUCACCAGAUUACAAGUCUACUGCUCUUAACCGCUACACCACACUGGCUCUCUUUCACACACCCACAAAUCUUGCAAACAAUGUGAACAAUUAACUUACCACUGUUAAGAGAAGGGUGAUUAUUGAUAACAUUUUCUAGGUUGCUUAAUGGCACCACUGCAAUAAAAUAUAUAAAUGAAAUAAAGGCACAGCAUCAACACAAGUGCUUAAUAAUAAUAGUUUCCUAGCACAUAUAUAAGCCAAGCUUAAUUGCAGCUUCUGGAUUUGUUACUUCCACUCACAACAAGGGAGAAGUGAAGCAAAAGCAAUUGGGCAGUGUACAAAUAAACCAUGUUGGGUCAGCAAGAUUAUAGUGGCACGUGAACAUGGCUCCUUAUGUGUGUAGCAGGGGUAGCUAAUGUGCCCUUCAGUUAUUGUUGGUCAAGGCAGAUGGGAAUUGUAGUCGGAAACAUCUGGAGGGCACUGUGUUAUAAUAAAUAAUGAUGAUGAUGAUGAUGAUGAUGAUGAUGAUGAUGAUGAUGAUAAUAAUAAUAAUAAUAUUUAUACCCCGCCCUUCUGGCUGGGCUUCCCUAGCCACUCUGGGCGGCUCCCAAUUGAACACCAAUAACAAUAAUAAAAAAGCAACAACUUCAAACAUAAAAACUUCCCUUAACAGGGCUGCCUUCAGAUGUCUUCUAAAAGUCAGAUAGUUGUGUAUUUCUUUGAUAUCUGAAGGGAGGGUGUUCCACAUGGUGGGCGCCACUACUGAGAAGGCCCUCUGCCUGGUUCCCUGUAGCUUCACUUCUCGCAGUGAGGCAACCGCCAGAAGGCUAUCAGAGCUGGACCUCAGUGUCCGGGCCAGACGAUGGGGGUGGAGAUGCUCUCCUUCAGGUAUACUGGGCCGAGGCUGUUUAGGGCUUUAAAGGUCAGCACCAACACUUUGAAUUGUGCUCGGAAGCGUACUGGGAGCCAAUGUAGGUCUUUCAGGACUGGUGUUAUAUGGUCUCAGUGGCCACUCCCAGUCACCAGUCUAGCUGCCGUAUUCUGGAUUAGUUGCAGUUUCCAGGUCAUCUUCAAAGGUAGCCCCACGUAGAGCACAUUGCAGUAGUCCAAGCAGGAGAUAACCAGAGCAUGUACCACUCUGGUGAGACAAUCUGCGGGCAAGUAGGGUCUCAGCAGGCAUACCAGAUGGAGCUGGUAGACUUCUGCCCUGGACACAGAAUUAACCUGCAUGUUGGCUACUCCUGGUGUACAGCAUUGCAACCCUUCCAAACUUUGACACUUACAUAAGACAUAGCCUGUCACUAUGGCUGACCUUUUUAAAUAAAACAGCAGGAGAUGUGUUUUCUUUCUGCUUCUUCUGUGAAUUGCUGCACUCUCUUGUUCCUUGAGCAGUUUUGUAAAAACUUUGUUCUCCGAUAGUAAAAUAUCCUGAAGGCUUUCCUUGCUGGUCUCUGCAGUUACAUAUAUAGGUAACCAUACGGGUAACCAUAUUUGUGGACUCCUACUUUUUAGUCUUGAUGUUGUUUUCACAUUGGAGGGGCACAAAGUUUCUCUAAUCCCUAAAGGAGAGAGUUGUCAUGGAAGAAUGCAAAGUGAAUUGAAUUUUAUUUUGUGUUGUACAUGAAUAGUGAUGAUUUACAUAGCAAUCUAUGGUAAAACUGACAGUGGUGUUUUAUCCAUCUUUAUUAGCAAUUACAGGUAAAAACAAAGACUGCCUCUGAAUAAAGUGGAAAUAUCAAAGGGAUUCACACUUAAUGGAAUAGUUGUAAAUACUUGCAAGACAAAAUGAUGAGUCAGACACUUGGAUUUCAUUUAAUUGAUCCUUUAACUUAUGCUAAUUUGAUUCAUGAAUCUAAAAACCUGCUGCUGAACUAACCAGUUGGCAAUGCACUAUAAUAAUUCUAUAAUACCUGACUUCAAAUUUCCUAUUGUUAUUAGUUAGCUUGGUUCUUGCCAGAACAAAGCCACCUAUGUUAUUUAAAUGUCAAAACCGUGCUGCUCUUCCAAAUGAAGAGUUAGCAUUAUUUUUCAGUGACAAACUUUGUUUAAUAGGUUACUGUAGAUUGCUGGGGCACAUUGAUAUAUCUGCAAGAUCAUCUUUUCCUAUAUAUACUUCUCCAAUCAUGUGAAGUGGGUGACAGCUAGGAAAGGGCUGUCUAGGUGUUGGUACCCUGAUUAUGGGACAGUCUCUUCAGAGAGGUUCACUUGGCACCAUAUUUAUGGUCUUUUCUGCAUCACUUAUUUCACAGCAGGGAUGAUGAUGUCAUCUUUUUGGGGACUAUUUGCCAGUCUUCUACAUGCCAAAUAAAUAAGCUUUUCUCAAAGAGAACCCUAAUAAAUAAAGAAGAAAGAGGUUAAAGUAGUGCAUGCUGCCACUUUCAUUGUGAAAAUUUUUGAAAUCCUUUUAUUAUGAUCAAAAUGUUGCAAAACAGUGAGGAAACUUCUGAGUUCCCAAAACAUUUUCAUCAGACUGGAUGUUAAGCAAAAUGGAAGCAAGGAAUAAGAAAACAAACUGGCUUGGGACUGAAGUCAUAUGAUAUGUAUUUGUCAAAAAAUAAUUUUUGUUGUAUAGUCUAAGAAAGGGCAUGGCUAAGGAGGCUUUCAUGAAGAAUACCUGCACUGCAGAAUUUGCCACUACACCCACUACUGCAGAGAGGGGGGGGGAAUUAUUCAUCAAAGCCUUUUAAAGCCAUUUAUCUUUUUAAAAAUAUAACCUCAUUAUAUGAUUUAUGUUUGAUUCUAUAUCUGUGCUAUUAACUGUUUAGUACCUUUUCUGUCAGAAAGAACACAUUUUCAUUUUGCUUUUUAUUGCAUUUUUAAUAUUGUUGUGUGCAGAAAAAGUGACCUAAAGUAAUAUCUGAAUUCAGCUCUCACAUUUUAAUUCUAAAUAGGUGUACUUAGAAGUAAAUCCUAAUGGGUUGCAGCCAAUGAAGCUAUUGUACCCACAAAACGGUUUCCACUCCUUCAGUGGAACUUCCCCUUCCUUCUCCUCCCCAUGGGCAUAGCCAGGAUUUUUGUUAGGUGGGCAGUCUUUUGUUGGGGGGAGAACCUCAGAUUUGUAUUGAUUUGUAUUGAUUUGGGGGGGCACCUGCCCCCCCAGCUAUGCCCAUGCGCCUCCCUCUCCCAAAUAUGUUGUAGGAGUUCUUUCAACCCUUCAGAAAGCCGGGGGAAAGAGGAAGAAGAAAUUCCGUUGCAUGACCAGAAGUUGCUCCACUUUUGCAAAUUCUGACAAAUGUACAUUCAGUUACGGUAACUGGUGUUUAGGACUGCAGACUAAACACCACUGAUAUUAAUGGUUAUCCAUAUUCAUAACCAUAAUCACAGAAUAACUCCAGGGAGGAAAAGUAUAGUGUACACACCCUGGAAAAAGGUGUCUUGCAAAUCUGGAAGUUCACUCUGUCCCACAUCAUCUUUACGGUCCUCGGACUCUUCACCAGGGUUAACAGAUUAAAACAAGGGGCACUAUCUAGAAUAAAGGCCAUAUGUUUUAUGGAAUCAUAUGUAGCUCAGUGGAGUGGAGUCCUUAGAUUUGACUACUUCUCCAAACUAGGAUACUGAGUUGGUUCUUAGAGAAGUACGAUCAAUCACCAACACAAUUGCUCAACUCCCUUCUAGUCAACACAUCCUCACUGAAUGGCUGAAUAAUUUUUCCAUAUUUAAGGCUAUUUGAGGGGGGGGGGUGGAGAGAUCAGGCCAGUGUCUCAGGUCAGUUCACCCUCUGCAGGGCUGAGGGUGCCUGAACAUACAAGUCCUGCUCAUAUUUUCUUCCAUCCAAGGGCUUACUUGGCAGGUAUGUUCUGAGAGGAUAAAGUUCCUGAAAGGGUGUAUGUGGCUGAUCUGUCUGGUUUCCUGACAGGUCUUUGUGUACUUCAUGCCUAAAAACAAACUACAUUCUGGAUUUUGGGUGAGUUGGGGUGUGGGUGUCUCACAAGAACAAGGAUCUAAGAAGUCAAUCACUUCUACCGCCACCAGAGGGCACCUUCUAAUUACUUGUUUACAAGAAGUCAAAAGGUAGAUUAGCCUUCCAAAAUCUUUUUUAAAAAUGUCAACAGUACAACAAAUCUUAUAUAAGAAGCCUUUUUUGUUUGUUCAUAAUGGGCUCCAAUGAUCUCUAUAUCCUGGUGCCACAUGCAGGAUCUUUCUAUCCCAUUGAAUUCUGGCACAAGUUGUCAGAAAUGUCCAAAUGCCUUUGGAACAGUCAAAUGCAUGCAUACAUUCCAACAUUACAAAUACAUGCAUUUUGCAGAUAUUCACUAUGUCUUCUGGUCAAUUCUUCACUCAUAUUACUGAAAUCUCUUUCCUAACAUGUGCCACUUAUCCUCUAAGGAUUUUUAGACUUCAUUUAGACUAACAAUCUACCAUUAUCCGUUCAUAUGUGAAUAACAGUUUUGACAUAGUCGAGCUGCUUGGAUCCGUGCCUAAAAAGUGUGGGUCAAGUGGCAAAGCGCUCAGACCCAUGCUUUCUAGCAUCGGAGAAGCAGAAGUGUGGACGAGCCCUUAAUCUAGAAUAUGUAGCCUGCAUGUCCUGCUCAGGAAAGAAAUUUGCUUCCAAGUUUCUAAUGUAAUCUUUUUAUCUUCAUCUUUUCUUGCUGUUCAUCAAAGUUUUCUUUAUCAUUUAUUGCCUAUUUAAGGAAGUUGGCCCUGAAAUAUCAUCCUGACAAGAACCCCGAUAACCCAGAGGCUGCAGAGAAGUUUAAAGAAAUCAAUAAUGCUCAUGCUAUACUAACUGACGGCUCCAAAAGAAACAUAUAUGACCAAUAUGGAUCGUUAGGGCUUUACAUCGCUGAACAAUUUGGUGAAGAAAACGUCAAUACAUACUUCAUGCUUUCGAGUUGGUGGGCAAAGGUUAGUACUUGAAUGCAAAGGUGGUUCAUCUUUGCUCAGAGUAUUGACUCAGAGACACAGAACCUUUGGUUUUGUUUGGUCUAUUCUUCCUAUUGCAGCUUUCACAGAACCUGACAAGCUUUGCAGAGUUCUAGUAGGUAAGUCAAUCUAAAACAGGUUUCAGUAUCGGGCUUUGUUGAAAUGGCUGGUGCAUCUCAACUGUUUCAACAAGUAUUAUAAAAAGUAUAAUGAAGCACGCUUUCAGGAAAGUGCUUAUUAAAGGAUGUUUCCUUGUCCCUUUCAUUUACUAAUUAAAUAUGCUACAUGCCACUUUUAUCGCCUCGAGACAUUAAUUAUAUCUGAAGCUGGAGCUCCAGGUUAAUUUUGACUUUCUUUUCAGUAAUGACUAAAUGAAAAUGACUCAUAGCUCAAAGUGAAAAGUCCUCUUGGUGUGACAACCAGCUAAUAAGUUAUUGCAGUACAAACUUAGCCCUAUUCUGGGCUAUAUAUGGCAUAGAUUAUGUGGAAGCAAUAGUAAUACAUAACACCAUGUACGAUUAUGGCACACCUUGGGUGCCAUGUGAAGGGACUGGAAAUAGGAAGUUGAAGAUGUGGGGAGCAAGAGGAACAGAACGGUACAAACUGAACUAAGGGAAAUGAAUCUUGCGUCUUGAAUGACAUCAAAGGCCUUACUCAUUUGGUUUGUUAUGUAAUUGUAAGAAUUUGGCAUUUGUGGGUGUACAUAUCACAAACAUUAGCAUUUGAAUUAGGGCAUGACCAAACGCAUUAGGCCUAAGGCAUUAAAAAUGUGCCAGAUCUCACACCUAAUGUGUUAUUCUUGCAGCUAUUUCUAGUUACAAAGUCUUUGGGCCAGAAGAAAUUGUUAAUUUAAAUAGAACAUAAGACACAUGAGACUUGCCAUUUUGCAGAAGAAUGAGUUUUCAAAUGAAUAUUAUGUCAUACAUUUAUUUUUACUUCCAUGAGCUAUCCUCACACUUUGGUUUUACCAGAUUACUCUCAUGAAGGGAUUCCACCUUAUGGGUCUCCCAAUCUUUUAUAGCCACAUGAUUGUUAGCUAUUUGCAUAUAGAACUUUCCCCACCAAUGAGAAGUGGUCAUAGGGAGAGUUGCUGAAUUUCUGCCUACUAUUCAGCUAUUAAAAAUAUAAAGUCUUUAAAAGGCAUAAGUUCUAAAUAUAAUCAGUUCCAGAACUGUCACAGCUGACACUUCUUUCUAUUAGCACAAAAGGAUUCACUUCUCCCUGUUUCCAUUCUGGGUAUUUGUUGUUUAAUAUGGGUGGUAUUCAGCUAAGGAGAGUAAACCCAUUGAAAUUAAUGGACAGAACUUAGCCAUGUUAAUUAAUUUCAGUGGGUCUUCUCUGAGUAAACCUAAGUUGAAUAAUACCUUAAUGGGCCAGAUUCAGCUACCCUGGUCUGCUAGCACAACAUGGCUCCCCCUCCCCCCACCCCAAUCCAUUCUGGAGUAUUGGGAGAAUCUGCAAAACAGCACAUGGGAGGAGAGGAGAGAUUGUUCCAUCAAGCAAGCAGAAAUGCUUGCACUGAUAGAACAAUCUCCUUAACACUAUGUUGAAUUCCACCUUGUAUCUUUGUUCAUAAAUGUGUUUUUUAUAAAUAAAAAAACUUGUACAUAAAUAAUAAAGCAAUAAUAAACCAUUGUGGUUAUUUUCUCCAUAGCUCCAUGAGAUCCUGCCACACGGUGCUAAAAUUUCAUCUAGUCUAGCAUUUUGUUUUCCACAGUAAAGACAGGUGUUUAGCCAAAAAGAAGCAUAAAAAGAAGCUUUCAAAUAACAUAAGUAUCCAAGCCAGUCAUCAGUUUACAUGCCUAGGUUAGAGUCCAGUGUAUCUUGUCUUGUUUUAUCCUCAUUUGGGACAUGCGCUUGUCUUAGUCAAUUGGCCAAAAUCAAUUCAAUUGGCCAAAAUCUUUUUUUUUUUUUAAAUGACCUACUAACUCUAUAUUCAAAUAUGUCACAAAUUACUCACAUAAAUAUGGGUGGAGGGCAUGGUCAAGGGCUUCAUCAGCCUAGGGCCUAGUCAUUAGUACCGUCUGUGGACUUAUUUACAAGGCUACUCUAGACCAAACACCGGGCAUUUGCACAAGACAGGUGAACAACCAUGUGAAACACAGUUGUGGGCAUUAGGUUCCCAUUCCUAUAUCUGAACACAUUUCCCUUCCUCUUUUCCGCUUCCUCUAAGGGCCUGUUUGCAAUCUGUGGCCUGUUGACCGGAUGUUACUUUUGCUGUUGCUUGUGCUGCUGUUUCAACUGCUGCUGUGGAAAGUGCAAGCCUAAGGCACCAGAAGAAGAUCAAGAAUUCUGCUUGUCUCCAGAGGAUCUAGAAGAGCAAAUUAAGACAGACAUGGAAAGAGGUGCUUAUUAUUAUGGGGAUGUAGAUAUACUAUUUAACAACGAAAACAACAAAAACACUGUUAUUUUCUCAAAUACAUACCCUGGGGUUUCACUCCAGCUGUUUAGCUUUGGUGGUGUUAAUUUGAGAAAGGAUACUAACUUGAAGGAAGUGUUAAUUGAAUUCCUCUCAACCUGCUGUACAGGUUACUUUAAGUGCCCAGUGGUGUGCGGCUGCUUGUUAAUGUCACUGUUAAUCUCUGUGGGUGUUUGUCCCUCUUUUCAAACUAAACAUCUUGAGGAUGUUAAUUUCUUCAGGCAUAGGUUGCAGCACUGCCUUUGUGACUUUUUCACUGCAACCUGGUAUAACCUUUUUUCUUAAGAGAGUUACUGUGCCUUGGUUGAUGAGAAGCAAAAGUUCAGCAGGUGCAGCUCCCCUACUCAUGCUCGAAAAGCUGUACCUGUGGAAUUUAUUCCCCUCAUGCACUUAUAAAACAUGAUGUUUCUGACAGGCAAAAAGCUGAAUACAGAGACUCUGGUUUUCUCAAUGUUUGGAAGCAAGGAGCUUUGCUGUAAUGUAUUGCUGUGGGGAGGCUGCUGAAUUAGAGGGGAAACAUUCACCCACCCCAGUUUGAGAUGACAUUUAACACUGCUCAUUUUCAGUGCUUUUGUCUUACCAACAAGAGUGCUAAAAAAUGAAUGCCAUAGAACCUGUUAGUUUCUAAAGUUCAUGGAAUAUUUUUUGUAAGAAUUGCUUUUGCUAGCUAAGGGGCAAAUUGGAUAUUAUAAAGAGGAAAUGUGGGGGAGGGGGGUGAGUUCUCAAAUCAUUAUUUCCCGUAUAAUACUAAUAUGCAUGCUGGGGAAAGGUCAUGUGUGAGGGACACUCCACAGGUAGGACCUAUAGGGUUGUAUUUAAUGUUGUACACACAUAGUUCUGCUGAUGGAACAGGACUUAUGUUUCCUCUCUUCCCCCUAUGUGCCUUCAAAACUGUGCUGGAGGGUCCCCCAAACCCCUGGAGCUUAUUUUGGGGUUACGCUGGAGGUGUGGAAGUGAACAGGAGAGGAAGAACUGUUGUGCAAGUGGAACUGCAAUGUUGGAUAUUGACCGUAUGCUUCCCCUGCAGGUGUCUCCUGUGCAGUUUUAAAAACUCCCCCCUCCCCCGGCCAGGCUCUAAAAACUGACAUGAACCUGGCUAGGGCAGAGAAGGCCAUUUGCAGGAGAGCUUGCAGAAAAUGUUACAAAACACUGCUGCCUGUCCCCUGACGUACAUGCCUCCUGGGUUCCCCAUUAUUUCAACAAACAUGUUAGGACUACAUUUUCACUGUCAGCGUCAUGUUUCUGUUUUCACCAUUAUUCCAUUGUGACUCAGCAGUCAUGUUGCUGAGGGGAGUGAGAGCUCUUCUAGAUAGCUAUCCUAAAGCUGUCUCUUUUGAACUGAAAACAUGCACAACAACUUAAAAUCUAGCACCUGCCUGGGAUAUUACAUAUUACAGGAAGAACAGGCUGAAAGAACCUUAGUAAAAAAGAAAGAAUGGGGCUGUGUGACAAAGAUUCCCAAGGAGACUCUGAGCCUUUCAUUUCUUCUGAUAAUAUUGAAAUGUAUUUGCUGCAGCUUCACAACUAUAUGGGAGCUGCCCUUUCUGCAUUUCAAGCAGCAGUUAAAAGCACAGAGACUUUUUCAAGAAAAAAGGAAGUGGAAACAUCAACAGAAGGAUGAAUUAAAUGACCACCAGAACUUUCACAGCAUUGAUUCUGAGAUAAUAAAUUUGGAGAGGAGGGGGAAGACCCAAACACAAACAUAUUCAGAUCUCAGGUUAUUUACAUAAACAUGAUGGAAAUUACAGUGUUUCUUAUUCCAGGACAUCAGAUUUGUCCACUCUUGUCUACAUCUGAACAUGUAAUAGCAAACUAUUCUGCUGUAAGGAAGGAGGUGUCAUUUCAACUGAAACGGGAGUUUAAAGAAAAUGAAUUUUAACCAAUACAGGCUGAUGAUGGCAGAAACAAUGUACUUGAUUGAAAAUGGUGAACCCUUUGCAGGAUGCUAAGAGAUCUAUCUCUUUACCAUGGGAUUUAUUCCUGGGUGUGAGGACUGACCAUUGCCAAUUUGCAUCUAUGUUUUAUUCAUUUAUGCAGAAUUUCAAUUGCCUAACACUGAAGCUGAGAUAAAACAAAUGUAGACCAGGUGGCAAUUUUAAUUUAUGAGAAAUUAAAACUUGAAUGUCCUCAGAAUUCAAAUUCAAAUCUUUCUGAAAUCUCAAGGAUGAAUUCCUUUAGGAUAGGAAUGUUCUCUACCAUGAGAUUCAGAAGACAGCUGUGACAUAUGUGUGGUCAAACCUUGCCCAUCCUGGCAAGACAGCCAGAGGGGGACUGGCCAAAUGGGCAAAGAAGCUGAUUAAUGCUUCCUUGAGAAUGGGAACUGUACACUCUAGUUUGAAAACUGCAGUCCUUCAUCUUCAGCUGAAGAAGCCUCCUCGAGAUCUUACUGUAUUGUACAAUUACCAGCCAAUAUUCAAUUUUCCAGUUUGGAGAAAAUGCGCUUGAAUGUGCGUUGUGGUGACACAACUCCAAGAUUUCCUGUAUAAAAAUGAUUGUCUUGAACCAUUUCAGUCUAGCUUCUGUCCUGGUUUUGACAGUGGAAUAACCUUUAUUUCCCUAGUGGAUAUUCAAUCUAUGCCAUGAAGUAGGGCCCUUCCAAACUGGUGUUUUAUUGCAAGUGUAUUCUGUAAUAUGUUUCUGGCACAUUAGAGCAUUAGCAGUGGGUUUAUUCUGCUUCAGUUUGUUCUACAAUGCUGCCCCAAUGCUACGGCAUUAUUGCUGUCCAGAGGGGCCAUAGCUCAAGAAAAGCAGGACAAAAACAAACCAGAACAUUUGUAAUAUUAAAAACGACAGGAUUUCAGCAGGAAGUUGUGGGACAUGCACUGACUGAAAAUGAAGCAGUGUGAUUGCGCCACAACUUUUGCAGGUGCAAACAGCCUUGAAAAUGAGAUCGUGUGUGACUGCCCCAAUAACAUCAUGAGCAGAAAGCAUCAUGGAUGUACAAUUAAAAGGAUGUCUGCAGGGGCCCCUAGAGAUGAUGACUGUAUCCCUGAUGGUACUAGUGGACCUCUAAGUAACUUUUGGUACUAUCAACCAUAGUAUCCUCCUGGCUCAUGUUACUUGGUACAAGAUUUUAUAGUAUAGUUGGUCCUUCAGGGAGAGUAGUGCUAGCGGACACCUGUCUGGCCUUUCAUCGAUGGUGUCCCUCAAGGUUUCAUUUUGUCCUCUAUGCUAAUUAUCAUUUACAUUCAAAUUCAGGGAGGGGUCAUGCCUGUCACUGAUAUGCAAAUGGAGUAUAGUACCAUCUCCUUACUGUCUUGGUUGGGGAAAGCUGUGGAGGUUCUGAAUUGUUGCUUGAAAGCAGUGAUGCAGAUUGCUUGUGGGUAAAUAAAUGGAAACUGAAUUUGGACAAUUGUACUUGGAGUGCUUCCAGACAUAGGGCUCCUCAUGCUACUAAAUAAUUGGUGUAAGUUACAUGCUGGCUAGCUGUCUGUGGGACCAUCUGGGAGAAGGGGGAGUACAUGGAAACAUCUGCAGGGAUUAGGGCUUAACUGAGAGCUGGGAAGGAGUGGAUCUUCCAGCUCCUAAAUAAGUUUCCAGGCUCAGUGGCUUCAUUCAUCUAAACUCCAGCCUUUCUGAAAUGGACUUCAUUGUUGUCCCCUCACUUAAUGUAAGAAUUUAAGCAACUGCUUACUUCUCUCCCAAUGGGACUUUAAGACGACUAACCUUGGUUGACUUGUGCCUAUAUAUGAUAGCUGUCAUAGGUGGGCAAGUAGCCAUUCCUGGCUGAAGGUCAGAUUUCCAUACCUUGGACAACAGAUCAGAGAGACUGUUAAUGCUUGAUUUCUCCUUUGUUUUAGAUGGGGAAACUCCAAUUCUGCUUCAGCCGACAAAUGCAACUGAGAAAACCCAGCUUAUUGGAGACAGUCGUCGCAGCUACCACACCGAUUCAUAAACUAGAAGCCAUUGGAGUCUGACGGUCUCCAAAGAAGUUACGGAUUGUAAAGUACUGUUACAACAUUUUCAUAUAUGGCACUAGGACUGCUGCACUCCUGUGCACACUUAGGUGGAAACAAAUCCCACUGAAGUCAGUUGAGACCAGCUUCUGAGAGAACACGCAUAGGAUAACACAGUAAGAGCUUAUCUGAGCAAAUCAGGUGUGUUUCUGUACAUGUAUGCAAGGAAUAUAAAGUGGCAAAGAGCCAUUUUUAAAAAAAUGAAUAUGCGUGCUAGAGAUAUCAGAGAUAUAGAAAGCUGUUCUAGUGUCAUGUGUGAAAAUGUCCCUAGUCUUCUGCAUAAUUGCACUUGAUUUGUGCUUUAGACAGAGGUGAGUUGGACAUAGUUUCUUCUUUAAUCCUAGGAGUGUUAGAACUUACGGCUGGUCCACACUUCCAUUUGCCCUGCUGCUUCCCCUGGGAAAACAAACAAACAAACAAAAGUGUGGACGAGCCCUUGGUAGACCUGUCAGAUUCUUUCUGUAGUAUAGGACUUCAACCAUAUGAGCCUUAGUGUACUCCCCCCCAACCCUAAAAUCUUUUCAGAGCCAUUGUAUAUUUUCCCCAUCCUUUUAGUUACUGGAAAGAGGAACCAUUGUUCCAUUUGGUGAAUAUAUGUAUGUGUAAAGUGAGAUGUAAGGCUUAAAUGAUCUUCUCAUCCAUGGAGGAUCAUUGUAUGAUUCUAUCAGCUCCUUAGAAGAAGGACUAGGCGCCAAUUCAAGUAAUACAUAAAACUGCUUUCAGGUCUGCUGGGGUUCAGUUCUAAGCAACAAUUGUCUUUAUUUAGUGUCCAGUUAGAGACUCCCAGUAGACACCGGCAACUGUAAAUAGUUCAAAGAUUGUCGUAUUUCUCUUCACCAGAUGAAAAGCCUGCUCUAUAUCCAUGUUCUGGGCAUGCAUGGUCCAUUGAUGGAUCAGCAGGCUACCUUUGAGCACAAGCCAUCUUUACUGCAAAAUAAAUUGCAACUAGCAAUCCAUAGUUUUCAACCCUGUAUUCACACUUGAUGCAUGCAUGGCAAAUGGGAAGUAACAGAAUUUUCACACACACGCUGUGCUCACAAAAACAUCCAUACAGCUCAAUCUGAAGUGUGUUUACUUAGAAGUUGAAUGGUAGUUACUCCCAGAUAAGUGCUCAUAAGUACACAGCCCGAUCCUCCUAUUGUGUAUAAUCUAUCAAUUUCCAUUUAUCUUAUGUAUGUGAGCAGUCCCUGUCGUUGAUGGUUUUGUUUUACCCUAGGACCUAAUUAAUUAAUUAAUUAAUUGUGUCAUGUUCCUUAAAGACCGAAAAUCUCUAUCUAGCCAUUAGAAUGUCAUAACCUUCAGAUAGCGAAAAGGACAAAAAAACAAAACAAAACAAAACCCAAGUUGCCCAGAGAUAGUGAGAAACCUGGUAAAGAGGCCAUUCCUGUAGCAUCCUACUCCUUAGGGAAUGGGACUGAACCAGCCCUGCUUCUAUAACCUAUAGGUAAGAAUGCAAACAAGCACUGUUUAACUGUGAACUGAUAGCUGAGAUUUAUUUUGCAAUAGAAGAAUAUGUAGUUCAGUAUACAUACAGAUGUGUCAGUUGCGCUGGACUGUGCACGCAUGGAAGAAGAGCAUAGAAGCAAGUGUUUCAGUUGAUGAAUGCAGACACAAUCAUGGCUACAACCUUGUGCACACUUACCUGAGAAUUUACUUGUGAAUUUGGUGAGACUGGCAUCCAAGUAAAAUUUGCACAGGAUUAGGUUGGAAACUUGUUAUUCAUUUGAAGAAUGGAAGGAAUUCAGAGCAGGAAAAAAGCCAGAAUACUACCUUGAGAACAAAUAUUGUGAUAUGCGUGGAGCAAUUGUUACAGUUGCAGUCUUAUCGUUUGUAAGAGGUCAAGAAUAGGAUGCAUUUUCGAUAUUCUAAACUCAGUAUUUGAUAUGUUAGUUAUUUGGCAACAUCAUUCAUCACAUAGCUUGGCUUGUUUGUUAAUCAUCUGUGUUGAUGUGUUCACUAUUUCAGAAGCACAUCAAGUGACUGGUAACAAAUGAACCUUGCAUAACUGGAAAUAUAAAACAAGUUGUCUCCAUUACAUCACUCUAUACUUCUGAAUUUGUUGCUGUACUCAUUUCAGAAUGUACUGUGUACACUGAUGUUGACUUUUGCUGUCCAAUAUAUAACAUGAACAAUAAAGAUUGCAAGAGUUACACAUGUACCAACUGUUCUUUCCCCCUGCUGUGAAACAUAUUAAAUAUACUUAUAAACGUGA